GUCAUGGAACUGAAGGUAUGGGUGGAUGGCAUCCAGCGUGUGGUCUGUGGGGUCUCGGAGCAGACCACCUGCCAGGAAGUGGUCAUCGCACUGGCCCAAGCCAUAGGCCAAACUGGCCGCUUUGUGCUUGUGCAGCGUCUGAGGGAGAAGGAGCGGCAGAUGCUGCCCCAGGAGUGUCCAGUAGGUGCCCAGGCCACCUGUGGCCAGUUUUCCAGUGACGUCCAGUUUGUUCUGAGGCGGACAGGGCCCAGCCUGGCUGGACGGCCCUCCUCAGACAACUGCCCACCUCCUGAGCGUUGUCCAGUUCGUGCCAGUCUCCCAGUGAAGCCACGGCCAGUGCUGGGCCAGGAAUCCUGCAAAGCACCAGCUUUUGGCUUGGGGCACCCUGAGCUGGCCCCACGUCCCAUACCCCCUGAUCCUACAGCCACCAUCGAACCUGUGCUGGGCUGCUCCUCGGACUUGCAGGGCCUAGAGUGGAGGGUGCAGAGGAAUGCGGCCGAGCUGGUGCAGGAGGCCUUCUGGGAGCAGGAGCUGCGGAGGGAGCAGGCCCGGGAGCGGGAGGGGCAAGCCCAGCUGCAGGCACUGAGCGCAGCCACCUCAGAGCACAUCGCCCAGCUGCAGGCCCUGGACGCCCAGGCCCGUGCCCUGGAGGCUGAGCUGCGACUGGCAGGAGAGGCCCCUGGGGCCCCCUCACCCACAGUGUCUGCAGCCGGGCAGCUGCGCCAGGACCUGGCCGCCCAGGAGCGGCAGAGCCUGGAGGUGCAGAGCAGCCUGGCCCUGGUGAGCCGUGCACUGGAGGCUGCAGAGCACACCCUGCAGGCCCAGGCCCAGGAGCUGGAGGAGCUGAACCGAGAACUUCGCCAGUGUAAUCUGCAGCAGUUCAUCCAACAAGCAGGGGCUGCACCGCCACCUGGCCCUCGGCCUGAAAGGACACCCCCAGGCACACAGGACCUUCUGGGAGCCCCCCGGAGUCCCGUCCUAGUGACCAGCCUGAGCCCUGAGGUGGCCCCUAUGAGACAGAACUCCUGGAGCCGCCGGCCCGCACUCCCGCCCGCACUCCCGGGUCACGGAGGGGCCAGGGCGGUCGUUCAGCCCAGGGACAGAUCAGCCGCUGUCACACGCACAGUGGGUCUGGAGCAGCGCAGUGUGCGACCACACCACCCCUGCCCCGUCGACCACCGCAGCCCCUUGAGAAGGGUGACCUCGGGGGUGAGCCCUCGCCCGCCAGCCUGGGGCCCCGCGCGUCACCUGCAACCACUGCGCGAGGCCGUCGCCAGCGGCUCUCAGUCCAACUUCUGCGGCGGACGCGGCCUCCCUCCGCCUCCUGCGGCCCCGCCACCCCCGUCCCGGCCUUGA